AUGUCACUGGAUAUUCCGGCCGAGUGGUUGCUGGAGGCUUCUCAGGGAGUGAAUGUGUCCACGGAGAUGCCGUGGGAUUUCGGUCAGAACUCCAGCAAGCCUGCCAGCCCGGCUGUGGACAUGAGCGGCAGUGUUCUGCUGCCCCUGAUCUACUUUGUGGUGUGUGUCCUGGGCCUGAGUGGCAACACCCUGGUCAUCUAUGUCAUCCUGCGCUACGCCAAGAUGAAGACGGUCACCAACAUCUACAUCCUGAACCUGGCCAUCGCCGACGAGCUGUUCAUGGUGGCCUUGCCUUUCUUCGCCACCCAGGCGGCCCUGGCCCACUGGCCGUUCGGCCAGGCCGCCUGCCGAGUGCUGAUGACCCUGGACGGCAUCAACCAGUUCACCAGCAUCUUCUGCCUGACGGUGAUGAGCGUGGACCGCUACUUGGCGGUGGUGCACCCCAUCACCUCCUCCAAGUGGCGGAAGCCCCGGCUGGCCAAGCUGGUGAACGGGGCGGUGUGGCUCAUCUCGCUGCUGGUCAUUCUGCCCAUCAUGAUCUACUCGGCGGUGCAGACCCGCAACGGCAGGAGCAGCUGCACCAUCACCUGGCCCAGCAAGAACCCGAGCUGGUACACCGCCUUUGGCAUCUACACCUUCGCCCUGGGCUUCUUCCUGCCCCUCACCAUCAUCUGCUUGUGCUACCUCCUCAUCAUCAUCAAGGUCAAAGCCUCGGGCAUCCGGGUGGGAUCGUCCAAGCGCAAGAAAUCAGAGCGCAAGGUCACCCGCAUGGUCUCCAUCGUCGUGGCCGUGUUCGUCUUCUGCUGGCUGCCCUUCUACAUCUUCAACUUCCUGCCCCUGGCGGUCGAUGUCAAGCCCACCGUGGCCAUGAAAGGCUUCUACGAGUUCGUGGUGGUGCUCUCCUACGCCAACAGCUGCGCCAACCCCAUCCUGUACGCCUUCCUCUCCGACAAUUUCAAGAAGAGUUUCCAGAACGUGUUGUGCCUGAGGAAGGUGAGCGGCUUGGACGAGGCGGACCGCAGUGACAGCCGCCAAGACAAAUCCCGGCUCCAGGAUGUCACCGAGACCCAGAGGACUCUGCUCAAUGGCGAUGACCUGCAGACCAGUAUCUAA